CCCCUCGCCGGGGCCGGAGGCGCAGGCGGGGGCGGGCCUCUGCGCCGAGCGGCCAAUGGGGACCAAGCCUGGCGGCCGGGGCGUGGCGGCCCCGGCUCCACGCCUCCAGUGGCGGUUGUUUCAAGAUGGCGGGCGCGGCAGGCCCCUCCCUGCCGGGCUCAGCGUUCUGGAGCCGCGACUUUUCUGAUGAAGACCAGUCGGUGGUUUAUGUUCCAGGAAUCUCCACAGAAGGAAAUACAAGAUCAAGACUCAAGUUGAUAAAUCCAAAAGUUGAUGUUAAAGUUAAGGCUUCCAGGGUGACUGAUGCUUCUGUCUCCAUGGAGUCUUUAAAAGGUGCUGGAGAUUCAGUAGCCGAACAGAAUUUCUGCAAGAGAGGAAUGAAGAGUGCAUCGUUGAAAGAUUUAUGCCUUGAAGACAAAAGACGAAUUGCCAACUUAAUUAAAGAACUAGCCAGAGUAAGUGAAGAAAAGGAGGUGACAGAGGAACGGCUGAAAACUGAGCAGGAGUCCUUUGAGAAGAAGAUCCGGCAGUUAGAAGAGCAGAAUGAACUGAUCAUCAAAGAAAGGGAAGCUCUUCAGCUGCAGUAUAGAGAAUGCCAAGAACUUCUAAGUCUCUACCAGAAGUACCUUUCGGAGCAGCAAGAGAAGCUUACCCUGUCUCUCUCAGAGCUUGGAGCUGCUAGAGCGCAGGAGCAGCAGAUAACCAAGAAGAAAAACACUCCCCAGUGUUCAUUGAUGGACCUGGAUGGUUCCUUUCUGAGUGUAGCCAGACCACAAAACUACGGUCAGACCAAGGCUAGGCCUAAGUCAGCAAACCAGGUCUCAGCAUCAGAAUCCAUUACAGAAUUAAGGAAUAAUUCCUUGAGGCCAAUAACGCUUCAUCAUCCCAAAGAAGAUUUAGAGAGGAUGUCAACAAAAACCAGAACGUGUACUUAUGAAUCUCCGGGGAGAAGACUAAUAAAUGCAGCCCCAAUAGAGAAAGCAGAGUUGAAGAUAAAGGAAUACCCAAACCUUCCACCUACUCCAUCUAGUCAGCACUGUGGUCAUAAAUGCUCUGAAAGUGAAGCUUACGUUCAUGAGAACUAUCACCCUACAAACAUGGCCCCUCAAUGUUGUAAGACACAUCCAGAAUCAUGCAGUCAUUGUAGGAUUCCCUGGGCAUCUCAAAUGCAUGAUCGAAUGAUACUGCAACCCAGAGAAACUGACAUUGAAAAACAACUCUCAGAAGAUCGAAGGCAACAGCUGAUGCUUCAGAAAAUGGAACUGGAAAUUGAAAAGGAACGCCUUCAGCAUCUCCUGGCCCAACAAGAGACAAAGCUUCUCCUUAAACAGCAGCAGCUGCACCAAUCCCGACUAGAUUACAAUUGGUUAAGAACUCAAGCUAUGUUUAAAUCUCGAGAGCUGGUUGCCGAUAAAGAGUCUCCUAAACCUCAUCUGGAUGUGAAUGGGAGUGUCUCCGGACCAAGCUUAUGGAAGCCAAAAUGUGAUGGAUGGCUGCGUGGAACCUCAACAUCCUUUAAAAAGUGCCCAGACUCUCCAAACAGUGGGAAAAACCAGAGGGAGAAGAAAACUGUUGAGUUUCAGUCACGUGUGGAGAAUGGUAUCCAAUGGACAUGUCAACAGAAUGAUAUAUGCAGACCCCAGAGAGAGACAGUAACAGGAGUUAGAAAAGAUGCAUCCACAUCCCCUAUGUCAACACGAAGCCCUAAAGAACCCCUGACACCAGCCUCAUUAUUAUCCCAGCACAAAACCUCAAGGUAUGAGACAUCUCUUUUGGAUUUGGUUCAAUCUCUGAGCCCAAAUUCUGCUCCCAAAUCUGAGCCCCAUCCCUCCAGAGCAGCAGGGACAUGGAGUACUCGCCGACCUACCCCUCAGAAAUCUAUCUGGAAGAAAGUGGGGACCCGUAGGAGCCCCGAAGAUCUGGAGGAGAAUCAGAUUCUGGAAGACAUAUUUUUCAUAUGACUCUGAAGCACAUACUACAGAAUUUCCACAGGAAAUAUUUGGGUUCUUCUCCAUAUUGAUGUAGGAUGUUAAAUUGGAAAGUAGCCAAGUCUCUCCUUUCAUGGAGACCUCUUGCUGGCACCCUUUUAUGGUAUUGAAUAUAGAAACCAUUCUAACAAAUCAGGGUGGUUUUUUGUCAGACCAGUCAGCAGAAAAGAGGUCGCCUAGGGGUAGGAUCUUUUCUAUACCAAACAGAAAUUAGAAAUUUAGGAUACUUUCUGUGUGGCAGACUCCAUGAAUGUCUAGUGUCAUUUUUAAGAGUGUUUUCAAUUUACUACUGCAAAAAGUUGACUCUUUACAGAAGGAAAAACUUUCCCAUUGACAGACCUCUUAAAUAUGAAAGGGACCACUUCAGAAAGGCACUUCGCUUCUCACUAACGCUAAGUGUGGCUCUUCAUUCUGAAAUUAAAGUUGAUGACCCUAGUAUCAUCUUGCAUGGGACCAAUACUUGUGGGUCAUAGUGAUCAUCAACCUGGUCAUUGCCACCCCUUAAACCAAAAGGCUUAAUGACUUAGAGGGAAGUUCCCAAGCAGAGAGUGGCAUUAAACUAACCACAUGUGGGAUGGCUGCCUGGGGAAAUUUACCAGUAUCCAGGCAACCACCGCUCUAGUGUCCCAUGCUGGAUGUUUCUUGUUGACCUCAAUGUCGGUGGUUCUUGCACAAUCUGUGGUUGUGUCUGAGGAAGAUGGCACUAGAGAAAGAGUGGUAUCAAGUGGCUGCAGGUUGGCAGGCUCCUUCUACCCCCACCUCAUGGCAUAAGGAUGAAUAGUCCUACUCUGAGCACCCAUGGAUGCACUGAGUCUAAGUAAGCUCUGCUGAUUAUCCUUCUUGACCCAGAUCUAAAUCUUUUCUCUUCAGGCUGAGCUUAGUCCUUUUGAGUCCACUCAGGCUCCCCUUCCUUCGAGCCUCCCUAUCUCAUACUCUUCCUCUGAGGCAAAGGCAAGGGCAAGACUAAUUACUUGUGGUCAUUCCCUUUGGAAAGGGAAAGUUCAUUGCAGAUUCCAAUUUCCUUUUCAAAGUCACUCUGAGAGUAACUAGAACAGGCUUAUUCCACUUCAAACACCUUUAGGAUAUGCCUUUGGAGUGGUAGAAAUGGCCAUUUUCUCAGUUGCGUUUCCAAAAACAUCUUUUCUCUAUCGUAUGUGUCAAAGACAGCUUAACAAUACCUACUUCUUUAGACCUGCUAUAACCAUAGUCGCUGUUCUGAGCAUCAGUAAUCUCACUACUCUAUUAUGUCUCCAGAGGGAAAGAAAGAGAAUCAGACCUCUUUAAGAAGAUCAUUAACCUGUAGAAGAGUUAUAAACAGCCUAAACACUAAAGCUUUCUUGCAAUGGCAUGCCAGUGAAUAGAAUUUAAUUGCUUCUUCACCAGCAGGGGAAGUUUGGAAGAGAAAAAAAGAAUUUUCAGGGGAGCAUCAGUCAGCACACUUUUCAUACUUCAUGGCCCUACCAGUUGCCUUCUUUCGCCUGCAGGCAUUUCUAUGCACACACAUACACACGCACAAAUGUAAAACCUAGUGACUUUGUUAUUGAGUGAAUGGUACAUGCUAACAUUUUAAUUUGUAUUAAAUUUCCUGUCAGAUAGAUGUGUUGUUGUAGAGUAUUGGGGUUUGACCUGAUGGUAGCCUGUCCCACAGAAGGAUGGGAAGAAAGGAGAAGCCAUGGGGCUCCCUGAUAAUGCUCUCUUCAAUAGUUGGUCGGGACUUCUUUGGCCAGCCCCUAGAUGUUUCUUCAAAGCAAAACUGCAUUCAAUAAUGAAAAUUUGGUUUAACAAGAUUGAUUCACCAAGGUCACCAGAUAGGAGCAGUUCAAACCCAGAGGAGGACAUGGGGGUCAUUGUUCUUUUCUUUAUUUCUCUUUCCUAUUUUGAGUCAAUGUCCAAACUCUCAGAGACUAUUUUCUACUGUCCAGUCAUUAUUUGUCAGCCACAUGGAUUGGUAGCACAUGAGAGUAGUGGGAAGAAGGAAGGAAAGGAACCAUGCCUAAUUCUAUUUGCAGCCUUGGUACAAUCUCAUGUUGCACGCAGCUCUCUCAUAAAGGAGAAAAAGAGGGCCAGAAGAGAGAACUGGAGAUGGUGGGCCAUGGGACACUUCCACUGCUCCCUCCUCAGUCCCUUAUCUGUAAUGAUUAACAUUUUCUUCUAAACUUAAGAUUUCUAACUCCCCUACUUAAAAAUGAACUCCCCAGGGCUUACAGGACAAGGGGCACAGCCGUAGAGAAGCUGUCUGUCUCUGGCCCCAUGUCCUUCUGCUGCAUCAUCUGCCCCUAUUACCUUCUCUCCUUUGUUCCCCAUUGUUAGACAUGUCCCAAUGACACACCUCUCUUUCCAGGUCCUUCAGGGUGAAUAACUUGAGACUAAGUUGUUACCACUUUGUGAAAUUUUCCUUAUGUACUUGGCACUGUGUACUGCUGGCUCUAGGAAGAUUUGCAGAUAUGUCCUAUGGGCCACAUAUGGUCAAGGAUAGCUGUGAAUGUGGCCUAACACAAAUUUGUAAAUUUACUUAAAACUUUUUGAGUUGUGUUGUUGUUAUUUUUAUUUUUCACUUUUUUGUGUGUAACUUCAUUGUGCAGCUCUCAAACAUGAAUAUUGUAUAUAAUAAAUCAUGUCAUCAUGUUGCAGUAUCAAAAGACUGGCCAUGUGGCAAGUCCAAAGCCUCUGUUAUGGCCUCCUCAUUCUGACACAUUGUACUGGGUACUUUUGUCUUUCUUAUUAGAGUUCCAGGUAGUCAGACUAACAUGUGCUAUAUUGGAGAAGCCAACUUCACCAUUUGCAACAUACAUAUAUGCAGGUGAGUUACUGAUAUCUUGAGAAUGAUAACUCUACCUGCAGAUUUUAGGCCUGACCUGAUGACCUAGCCCUAAAAACCUAGACCAGAGAAAACCCAGAAUGAGAAAGUCAAAGUUCCCAAGAACGUGAAUCUGGCAGUUGGAGGGCAUUGAGACACAUCUCAUUUGAACAUGGAGCAACCAAUAGCCCAAAGGCAGGAAGCAGUGUUAGUGUUAGAGAAGUACAGAGGUGGUUGGCCAGACAGCCUCAUUCCAGAGCUGACACCCACGCCCCUCCUCUGUAGUCUGAUACCUGAUUGGCUGACAACAAGUUGGCACUAGCAUACACAGUUGCUCACAGUGGACUCCCACCCAAAGCUCCCUCUUUCUUUUUCCCAGGUGCUGCCCACCCUCUCCUCCACACCCUUUUCAGCUUUAGGUCCUGAGGUGGCCAGUAGGCUGCUGAGAUGAGGGAGACCAUGUUUAUCCCAGUGAGAUGAGGUGAGCCCUCAGUUCUUCAGACCUACUCUGAGAUUUUAACUUGUUGGAUUUAUGUAGCAUUGGGAAAUGGUAAACUGUAUAAAUUUUCUGUAUUUUCCAUGGACAGUUAUUUAUAGAGGGGCGUUUUUAACUCAAGUGCUAGAAAUGUUAAAUCAUCAUAAUAAAUUCAUGCUAUUCAGACUUUC